AUGACCAAUAAUCCUCUCGUUGAGUAUGACUGGAUCAAGGAUGUGGAGAGACUGGAAGCGUAUCGGCCUGGGGGCUAUCAUCCCGUCAUGAUCGGUGAUAUAUUACACGGCCGUUAUCAGAUUGCAGACAAACUUGGGUUUGGAGGCUAUUCGACAGUUUGGCUCGCCCGAGAUACUCAUCUGAACCGAUAUGUUACUUUGAAGGUCAACAUAGCCGACUCAGUUCAGCACGAGACGAAAGUCCUUAGGGCUCUGUCUGCUCCGCCUUCGUCGUCUUCAGCCGCCGUUGCUUAUACGCAUUCGCAAGGCUAUGUUCAUGGAGUCCAGCCUCCGUCAAGUCUCGAUGAGCUUUCUAUCAAGCAAUUAUAUGAAACAUUCGGCGAACCCGAGACAGUUCCUAUCGCACGAUGUGAUAGACAACCAUUAACUCCUAAUGUCCCCGCCAAAGCUGUUGUGCCACUAUUCCUAGGGAAAUACGCGGAGAAAUUCUCAUUAUCUGACGCACACCCGCUUCUAAGUGACUUUGGUGAGGCAUUUGCCCCCGCUUUAGAAGUCCGCCUUGGGAAAGACUGCCAUACGCCAGUCGCAUUUCGGGCUCCAGAAGCUAAGUUCGAAUCGCAACUCCCGCUCUCGUAUCCGUCGGAUAUUUGGAGUUUGGCUACGGCUAUCUGGGAAAUUAUCGGAAUGAAGGCUGUCUUCAGCACCGAGUUUGUACCUGAGGAUGAGAUAAUGGCUCAGCAGAUCGAUGUACUAGGACGUAUGCCAUCGGAAUGGUGGCAGCGCUGGGAAGGGCGAGCCCGAUUUUUCGAUGAGAAUGGUUAUCCAACGGAGUCUUAUAUGAAGAAUAAAUGGCCUCCGCUUGAGGGAUCAUUUGAGAUCGGUGUGCAGAAAUGGAGACGGAAGAUGGGAGGUGAGAUUAAGGAAGAGGAGACAGCUGCUCUUCUGGCUUUGAUGCGUUGUAUGCUGUCAUUCCGGCCAGAAGAGCGACCCACUGCUGAAGAGGUGCUAAUGUCGGAUUGGAUGGUUAAAUGGGCGUUACCUGAUUGUGAACGAAGCUGA